AUGGCCCCCUCUCAGCUUCCCCCGAUCUUCAACCCCACCCAGCAGGACAUUGAGCAGCUGCUCGCUGCUCAGUGCCACCUGGGUUCCAAGAACCUCCAGGUGCACAUGGAGCCUUACCUCUGGAAGACUCGCCCUGACGGUGUCAAUGUCAUCAACAUUGGCAAGACCUGGGAGAAGAUCCUUUUGGCUGCCCGUAUCAUUGCGGCUGUCGAGAAUCCCGCCGAUAUCUGUGUGAUCUCCGCUCGUCCUUAUGGUCAGCGUGCUGUCCUGAAGUUCGCUGCCCACACCGGUGCCACCGCCAUCGCCGGCCGUUUCACCCCCGGUAACUUCACCAACUACAUCACCCGCUCUUUCAAGGAGCCCCGUCUCAUCAUCGUUACCGACCCUCGCACCGACUCUCAGGCCAUCAAGGAGGCUAGCUACGUCAACAUCCCCGUCCUCGCUCUUUGCGACACUGACUCCCCCACCGACUUCGUUGACGUUGCUAUCCCCACCAACAACAAGGGUCGUCACUCCAUCGGUCUGGUUUGGUGGAUGCUUGCCCGUGAGGUCCUCCGUCUCCGCGGUACCCUCGCUACCCGCGAGACCGAGUGGGAUGUCGUUCCUGACCUCUACUUCUACCGCGACCCUGAGGCCGAGGAGAACAAGGAGAUCGCCGAUGAGUCCAAGGUUGCUACUGCCGAGGAGGUCGGUGCCGGUGCCAUUGAGUCUGGCUUCGCUGGUGAGAACUGGGACACCCAGGGUGCUGGUGCUGGUGUUCCUGGCACUGCUUUCGCUGCUGCUAGCGCUGCUGGUCCUACCAGCUGGGAGGCUGAUGGUGCCGACUGGGCCGCCAGCUCCGCUCCUGCCGCUGCUGGUGAGAGCUGGGCUGAGACCCAGCCUGCUGAGGGCAAGUGGUAA